UAACGUGAGCCGGCGAGCACAAGAAAAUAAGAAAAAAAAUUUUUCUUUGCUUGGGUAUUUUUUAAUGAAGUUAUUAAUAAGCUGCCCAAAUAAAAGGGUACGCUAGAAAGAAAUCAGAAACGCGGCUUAAGUUUAGGGAAACAUGUGGCAUGAGGCACGAAAACAGGAGCGUAAGAUACGCGGACUUAUUGUCGACUAUCGGAAACGAGCGGAGCGGCGUCAAUAUUUCUAUGAUAAAAUCCAAGCUGAUCCCACACAAUUUCUACAGCUUCAUGGAAGAAGAAGUAAAAUAUAUUUGGAUCCAGCAGUAGCUGCUGCCGGCGAUGGAGCCGCGAUCAUUGUGCCUUGGCAGGGACAGCAGGAUAAUCUAAUCGAUCGAUUUGAUGUUCGUGCCCACUUGGAUUAUAUACCCCCUGUGGUUAAGGGGUCGGGGGGCGAUGGAGAGACUGAUUUGGAGCUGACGGUGGAGGAGCGUCAACUGAACUAUGAGCGUUACAGGAUAUUGGCCCAAAAUGAUUUCCUUAAUGUGAGUGAGGAUAAGUUUCUGCAUCAGCUGUAUUUGGAGGAGCAAUACGGGGCCAAUGCACAAUUGGAGGCGGAGCGGAAUUUGUCAAAGAAGAAGCCAAAGACAAGUGGGGCAACCAUUGGUUAUUCCUAUGACGAUGCUGGUGAGAGUGGAGUUGCUGGCAUGAGUGGUGUUCCUGGUGCCCCUGCCGCCAUUGGACCACAACCAUUCAUUGGGGCAGCCGGCAGCUCGGGUUCCAGUGCCUUAGCACCACCCAAGAGCGAGAAAGCAGCUGGUGGUGGAGAAAAUUCAGACGAAUCCGAUUCGGAUAUUGAUAUGGAUGUAUCUAUUGAUAUUGGCAAACUGGACACAGCGCAGGCCCAUGAGCUGAAUGCUUGUGGUCGCAAUUAUGGAAUGAAAAGUAACGAUUUCUUUUCACAUCUGACUAAAGAUGCGGACGAGGCGGAUGCCCUACGAAUUGCACGGGAGGAGGAACAGGAAAAAAUGUUGCUUAGUGGCCGCAAGUCAAGGAGAGAGCGCCGCGCCCAAAAGGAGCGUCGUAUAGCCAAUCGACCUUUCAGCCCGCCAAGCUAUGCAGCAAAAGAGGACAAGAGCGGUGCCGGCGGUGGCAAGGAGGAAGAGAGUGAAUCGCGCUCACCUUCACCAAACGAUGGAGGUGCCGAGAAGAUCACCUAUAUUACCUCAUUUGGUGGCGAGGAUGAAAUGCAACCGCACUCAAAAAUCACAAUCAAUCUGACCAAACCUGGGAUGACGCUAGGCGAGUCCUGUAUCAAUGCCAGCAGCGGAGCAGCUGCCUCUGCCUCAGUGUCCUACGCCCAAAAAGUUAAGGAUAAUCUGGAUAAGCUCAAGACUAUGAAUGAGACAUCCAAGCGGAGUAGUCGUCGUCGAUCCCGUUCAAAUUCACGAUCCCGCUCACCCAGUCCAUCGAGAAGCAGAAGUCGCAGUCGUCGGAGGAGUCGCAGCCGGAGCUAUCAUCGACGCUAUUCCCGUCGUCGACGGAGAUAUUACUCACGAUCGCGCUCACGAUCUAGAUCCGUUUCUUGGAAACGUUAUACCUCGCGUAGUCCUAGCUAUAAGCGAUCACGCAAACGUUAUUCGUACUCCUCGCGCAGCUCCAGUGCAAGUUCAUAUGAUAUGUCUAGAAGGCGUCGCAGUAACUCCAACUCCAACCGAAGAAAGCCAACCCCACAGCACGUUACAGCAGCUGCUUCAACAGUGGGACAAGGAGCCUAUUGUAUGAACACCACUACCAUUACAUCUACCACAACUACAACCACUUCCACCACAAUGAUGGCAGUGAAGUUACAGCCCAAAGCGACGACUCAACCGAUUCCAAUGGUUAGUUAUCCCUUAACGACGCGGGUUCUCGGUGGCCUGACCAACAAUACUGUAAGCACACCCUCAGCAAAUCCAGCAACUUCAGCAACUCCAGUAGUACCUCAGGUGGUGGAACCACCACCACCUCCACUUAAACGCUAUUAUGGCCGAAAAACAGCUAAUGACACCUCCUCCUCGUCGUCAUCGGGAGGUGAUGCUAGUGAGCAUAGCGAAGAUAACGAAGAGCAACAGGCGGCAGCAAGCAAACAAGCCGACGAUUCCGAUGAAGCGGACACUGCGUCAGAGCGAUCACAAGCUCUCCAGCCAUCUACUAUGUCGUCAUCCAGCACGGGUAAUCAAACAGGCAAAUAUAGUUCUGCUACCGAAACCAAAGGAUCUGGACAAGGUGGCGGCACUGGCAGUGGACGACCCAAUCUGCGCGAGCGUCUUAAGCGGAAAAUGCAAAAUCUGUUGAAUAGGCAAUACAAAGCUGACAAGCGUGCCGAGAUUGAGAAAACGGAACGAGAGCGACAACAGCAACAGGAGCGUGAAGAUGAGAUGAGAGAAUUGGCGCUAAAGUUGCGCCGUAGGCGUCGCGAGCUGCGUCACAAAUAUGGAACACCCUCUAGUGGUAAAUUGUCGGACAGUGAGGGAGAAUCCAUUAUAUCCGAGAGUCAACUGGCCAAGUUGGCUUCGCAGCGGCGCACUCACAGCAGAUCCCGCAGUCGUCGGCGUAGUCCUGUGGAACAACAGCGUCGCAGCAGUAGCAAUCGUAGAAGACGCACUCGAAGUCCCAGUCCGAGUCGCGUGGAGAGAAAGCGUCGCUCUCACAGCCGGCGACGUAGCUGCAGCAGAGAUAGACGACGUCGCCGUAGUGGCAGUAGAGAUAGGCGGCGCCGUCGUAGUGGCAGCAGGGAGAGACGUCGAUCCCGCAGUCGACGCAGUCAAUCGCGCCGAAGACGUCGGGAGCGAGAUCGCGGGAGAGAGGAGGAGGAACAACAACAACAACAUGGAUAUGGAUCGAAUCGAGGUCGUGUGGUCAUCUCAGCACCGCCAAAACUUAAGAAAUUAGUUGAUUAUUGAUGCUACUAAAUGCCCAUUUGAAUUUCAUAAUUGAUUAUAUCCUGAUAUUAUUCGCAUAAUUGUUUUUUGCCAUAGGUAACAUUUCGGUUCAUAUGUGAAACCGUAUAUUGUUGGGUUUGUUUUUUGGCUCUCAAUAAAAUUUUAAUAAUUAGGAAUAUCAAA